UUGAAUGGCAUAAUAGACUCGAUGAGCCAAAUGGCCUAAUUAUUCUCUUACGUCUUAUAAUAAACAAUACAGUGACGUGGCCCAAAACGCGGACUGUUUAUUCCCCUCGAUAGAUGCUGCUGAGUUCCUCCAGCAUUCUGCGUGUGUGUGUAGUUUCCCAGCGUCUGCAAAGCCUCUGGCGUUGCUUUAGGCUGCUGCGUGUCGAUGAGAAACUCGCGAAGCGCCACGUCCCGGGCGCCUGCGCACUCGGCUCGGACGGACUCGACCGAGGGAGUGAAUCUGCGUCGGCCCGCUGGAAUUCCGGGGACAUGUCGAAGCGAGUGGCGGUGGUGAGCGGAGCCAACAAGGGCAUCGGGCUGGAGGUGGUGCGGGCUCUGUGCCGGCAGUUUAACGGGGACGUGUACCUGACAGCCCGGGACGUGGGCCGCGGGCAUCAGGCGGUGGAGAAACUGCAGCAGGAGCAGCUGAAGCCUCUCUUCCAUCAGCUGGACAUCAACAGCCUGCAGAGCAUCCGAGAUUUGAGAGCGACCAUGCUCGAGAAAUACGGAGGCAUCGAUGUCCUCAUCAACAACGCUGGCAUCGCUUUCAAAGGGGCAGAUACAACCCCGUUCGGCACCCAAGCUGAAGUGACGAUGGCCACCAAUUUCUUCGCCACCAGGGAUAUGUGCACGGAACUUCUCCCAAUCAUCAAACCUCACGGGCGAGUGGUGAAUGUGUCCAGCAUGUGCGGUGCCAGAGCUCUGAGGAACUGCAGCCCGGAACUGCAGGUGAAGUUCCGCAGCACGACCAUCACGGAGGAAGAAUUGGUGGAGCUGAUGAGGAAGUUUGUUGAAGAUGCUAAAAACGAGGUGCACUCCCAGCAGGGGUGGCCCUCCCAUGCCUAUGGGGUUACAAAGUUGGGGCUUACUGUCCUCUCCAAGAUCCUUGCCAGGAGGUUGAGUAAGGAGAGAGCAGCAGACAAGAUCCUCUUGAACGCCUGCUGCCCUGGUUGGGUGAAAACUGAUAUGGCUGGUCCCAAUGCACCCGGCACUGCCGAAGAGGGAGCCGUGACCCCUGUUUAUUUAGCCCUUCUACCAGAAGGUGCAGAAGGCCCACACGGAGAGUACGUUACCAAUAAAACUGUGCAGGAGUGGUAAUUUUGAAUGAUAGGGCCUGGGGUAGUUAUGAAGAUCAAAGAGUGCAGAGUUCUGAAGGCGAUUCUUGAUUUACUGAUUCUGAUAUGCCGAUCCUUGCAAAUUUGUAGUCUUGUUUCAUUAAUGACUUUAUGCACCUUAGAUAUUUUCAAUAAACAACAGUUAUUCUAUCCAA